AUGAACGGGCAGAAGCAAGAGAACAUCAUUGAGGAAAAGGAUGUGGGAUUUAUCCUAAGCUAUGGAAGAAACUAUUACGCCGAAGGAAUAAUGGAAAAGGAAGCAGAGAUAAGGAGGUUAUUUGAACAGGUGAGCCUGAAGCUUGGGACUAAAGAGGUGGAGACGGGUCUUGCACCUCCGAUGUGCUGGGAUCUUCUUGGAGAUAGAAAUAGAAUUCAGAGCGAGCCCAAUCUCCAGGUUGCCAGGGUUUGCAAGGUGCUUGAGGGAUACCAGGAGCCAAGAUACAUGAUAGGAAUUAAGAUGAUAGCCAAGUUUAUUGUUGGAAAAGGAAAGCGUGUGGAUGCUAGCCUUAUACAAGAGGGGAUGAGAGUUGGGGUUGAUAGAAACAAAUACCAAAUUAUCCUACCUUUGCCUCGGAAAAUAGAUGCAUCUGUGACUCUGAUGCAAGUUGAGGAAAGACCCGACGUCACCUAUAAUGACAUUGGGGGAUGUAAGGAGGAGAUUGAGAAGAUAAGAGAGGUUGUUGAGGCACCUCUUCUGAACCCCGAGAGGUUUAUUGCGCUAGGGAUCGACCCUCCCAAGGGGGUUCUUUUAUAUGGCCCCCCUGGAACUGGAAAGACUCUUUUGGCAAGAGCUGUAGCCAACAGAACAAAUGCAUGUUUCAUAAGAGUCAUAGGAUCGGAGCUUGUACAGAAGUAUGUUGGAGAGGGGGCAAGAAUGGUUAGAGAGAUAUUUGCUAUGGCGAAGGGAAAGAAGGCUUGUAUUAUUUUCUUUGACGAGGUUGAUGCAUUUGGAGGAACGAGGUUUGAUGACGACGAUGACAAUGAGGUUCAAAGAACAAUGCUUGAACUAAUCAACCAGUUGGACGGGUUUGACCCACGAGGAAACAUAAAGGUUCUGAUGGCAACAAACAGGCCAGACACCCUCGAUCCAGCACUUCUCAGGCCUGGAAGACUGGACAGGAAAGUCGAGUUUGGGCUGCCAGACCUUGAGGGAAGAACAUCUAUUCUGAAGAUCCAUGCAAAGACGAUGAGCGUCGACAAGGACAUCCGCUUUGAUUUGAUUGCAAGACUCUGUAACAACGCAACAGGUGCAGAGCUGAGGAGUGUCUGUACAGAGGCAGGGAUGUUUGCCAUAAGAGAAAGAAGGAAGAUUGCAACUGAAGCAGACUUUCUGAAGGCUGUUGAUAAAGUCAUCAAGGGAUACGCAAAGUUCUCCUCUACCCCAAGAUAUCUGACCUAUAACUAA